AUGCCGCCGAGAGACGCCGUUGCGACGUCCACUCAGCUGAGCACGACCGCAUCGGAUAGUGUGCAAAAUGACACGAAAACACUCAAAAAUCGACCGAAAGGUACUUUUACUACACGAUUUCGAAAUAUUUAUUGAAUUGCGACGCAUCAAGUAAAAUACUCUGUCGCUGAUUCUUUUCGUAAUGUUUUUCAGAAAAGUUUUUCAUGAAAACUUGGUCUUCUUCGAAAGUAAACAGCAAAUUUCGGAGUGAGUACCUUAAAAUGAUUUGUUUAAGCCAGUGCACUCCGACAACAGAAGCUUCCCGCAUGGCAACCGAUUCUGACGGCGUCAACAGUGAUUCCGACGGUUAUAGCCAUCGGAGUAAUUUUUAUUCCGAUCGGAGUCGCUCUCUAUCUGGCUGCAAACUCCGUUCAAGAGUUCAAAACGGAGUACACCAAUUGUGGAUCAACCUGCGAAUUACACAUUUCACUCGACAGGAACUUCGACGGAGACGUUUAUUUGUACUAUAAUCUGGAUAACUACUAUCAGAAUCAUCGAAGAUACGUCAAAAGCAGAAACGAUCAACAAUAUCUGGGUGAUCUGACGGUAAGACGGCGGCUUCAAACUCGGAAAGAAAAAGUUUUGUAUCAGAAUGUGAAAGAUUGUGGCCCUUUCGAUUACGAUCCGACGACGAAGAAGCCGAUCGCCCCUUGUGGAGCCAUUGCCAACUCCAUAUUCAAUGGUCAGUCACUUUCCCAUUCUAUUCUCUCGGUUACGUUGCCCCACGCAUUCCGAAUGGCCUGUUAAUACGGCAGCUCGUGAUGGAGAGCAGCUGUGCCGGUGCGCGCGAUCUCCUGUGUGCCCCGAACAGCUCCCGCUGUCGUUGUGACCCGCAUCGAUCGAUGAUUCAUUGCAGACACAUUCACAUUGGACUACCAGCCAGCAAUCGGUCUCGCAGAAGCUGUGCCUGUGACAACUGAAGGAGUCAUUUGGAAUGUGGACCGAGAUCGCAAAUUCAAGAACCCGGCUAUACCGGCUGGAGGAAAUCUGUGCGACGCAUUCAAGGUGGGUCGAGUGUGGCGUCAUCGGGGUCACGUGUGCGCAGCAUGCAACAGCUGUUGUGCAGCGAGUGCUCUUUGUGUUCAUAGCAACAAGAGGGAUAGGAUAAACGGCGGAGAAUAUGAGGGGAAGGGACCGACAGUAUAGACCGGAGUGGACAAAGAAAUGGAAGUAUUGCAGGACACUGUUCGACCUCCAAACUGGAACAAAGAUCCGUGCGAGAUGGGAGGCUUCGAGAACGUUGAUUUCAUCGUUUGGAUGCGAACCGCAGCACUCCCGUACUUCAGAAAAUUGUGGAGAAUUGUGAACAGAAGCGAAUCGCAGACCUUCGCUAACGGAUUACCGAAGGGAAACUACGUUCUGAAAAUUCAGAAUAGUGAGUUUCAGACCUGAACAGUAAUUUGAGCGAAUUUUAUUACAGACUAUCCAGUUCAAUCGUUCGGCGGUAAAAAGGAAUUCGUAAUCUCGACAACGAGCUGGGCGGGCGGCAAAAAUUCAUUCCUCGGAAUCGCCUAUCUUGUGGUCGGCUCACUCGCCAUCGUACUCGGAGUCGUCUUCAUCAUUAUUCAUAUGAAAUACGGUCAUUCGUGAGUGGAUAAUCACAUUCCUUCUAUCAUAAUAACAUCCAAUUUCAGAAUGGACGACUUGAGCAACGUAAACGGACUCCAGCACUGA